AUGGAAUUCUUGCCAAUAUGUAUCGAGGUUCUCGGCCCGAUGGGCCCCAACACCCUUAAAUUUCUUAAGGCAAUAUGUAAAAUGAUCAGCGUCAGAUCAGGCGAGAGCAGGGAACUGUUUUUCGCAACUAACCACAUUUCGUGCUUGUUGCAGCGUGCACCUAAAACAUUGGCAUUCAUGCCGUACAAAAAUGUGGAAAUGUACAAUCGUGUAGUACAAUGCAAACAUGCUGUACACUACAGUACAGCACAGUACAGACAUGAGGUACAGUACAAACAUGAGGUACAGCACAUGAACCCGUAA